UUAUACUUGGCUGAAAUGCCUACCAAUGCGUUAAGCUUAAAGCACUGUGCAAUGUUUAGAAGAGUAAAUAUAAAUUUUGAAUGUCUGAUUAUAACAAUCUAUGCGCUUCUUAAUUUUACCAUUGGCCAUGAAGAAUUUUCUGUAAAAGAAUGUUUGUCAGCACACAAUGAACUAAGAAAAUUGCAUAUAGGAACUGAAGACCUUGUUUAUUCAUCUGCUCUUGAGAAGAUUGCGUUAGACCACGUCAAUAAAUUAACUGAGAAUGACGACUCAUAUGAGCAUCAAGAAAGGCCUAGAGUACUCCCCAAGCGCCGUAAAAGACAUGCAAGUGAUGUUGAUACUAGUAUUCAUAUCGAGAAUUGGGAUGGACGAAUAACUUUUCCACGGGCUGCUUGGGAUCGAAACUUUAAUACGAGUGUUCGAAUUGGUGAAAGUAUUCACAAGUUUUGUUGUCAAAGUGAGCCACACUGUCCUAAACGCUUUUUUCACAACUUGUUGUUUCCACCAUCUGCAAAAGGGGUUGUGUAUGAUUGGUACACAGAUGAAAUCAAAAACUAUGAUUUUAAGUCAGGCACGGCAAAAUUAAGCACAGCUGAUAUCUCCCAUUUUUCAAGCAUUGUAUGGAAAAACACUAAAUCAAUUGGUUGUGCACAAAGCAAAAUUGUUUCAAAGUGCGUGUUUACUAUUGUUAUCUAUGAAGUAGAAGGAGGCGUUGGCACAGAAAAUGACUUUAAAAAUAAUAUUGCACCUCUUGAUACUAGUAAUAAGGUUCUCCUGGUGUCUCUGUUAACUGGUUUUGGAGUAUUGAUUAUCGUAGUAGCUUUAUUAGGUUAUCGUUUUCGAGAAAAUAUUCGUUGGAAAUAUGUGCAAUUUAUAAUCAAAGUUGAUACAUUAAAAUCUGAGCAAGAGUUAGAAACCGAUUCCACACGAUUCUGGUGGUUGAGAUUAUUUAAGAAAAGUCGUGUUAGAAGUAGAAAAAGCACACUUUCACGACCAAAAAAUAAAUCCUUGAAAGAAAGACCAACUAUUGAAGUGAUUGUUAAUACUGUCCCUCAACGUUCUGUACGAAGACCACUUCCACUUCCACCAAAGUUAUCAAACCCAGAAGACGCUUCUAAAAUGGCUGUUCGCUACAAAGGAAUUAGUCAGAAAGCACCUAACUUACCUGGUGUAUACAUUCAAUCAACGGGGGAAAACAAUGGUUCUAAAUUCCGUAAACAACCGAGCUUAUCUGGUAAACCUCAUCCACCGCCAAAUCCUCCCGAAAAAACAAAAGAAGGAGAAUUAACUUACCAAUCUGAUGCAGCUGUCGUGCAUCAACCAAGUACAUCAACCCCGAUACCAAAAACAAAACCUAAACCUGAUUCAGUUCCUUUAUUAGAUAAAGCGUCUGAUGAAUCAUCUCCAUCCACAGUAAAAGGUCGGCUGACUCUUUUAGAAAACAAAAAUAAAGAAUUACCUGCUAAAAAGCCUCUAAUUCCUCCUAAAAAGCCUGGUUCAAAUAUGUAGUAAAACUUCUUACGUUAAAACUAAUUAUUAUGUAGAUUUUAUAGUGUAAAUAAAUAAUGCGUUUUUUAAUAUAAUAAAUGUUACUUGUUAUCAGUAUAAUAUGGUGGCAAAACUAUUAAGCUUUUCGUGUAAAAUAAUUUGUUUAAAUAGUCGUUACUUGUUCAACAUUAAAGUUUCAUAAAAGAUGUUGUUAACAUUUCAGGGGAAAUGUAAAACAGAUGUUGAAUAUUAGAAAAAAAUUUUAAUAUAAAUGUUAAAAUUGAACGUUUAGAAAAACUUGACAAUCUAAAUUUGUUUCUUUAGCUUUUUUAUUUACUGAAUUUAAAAAAAAAUCAAUUUUCUAUAGAGAUUUACUUAUU